AUGCUCAGAUCAUUCGUCGCUAGCCCAGCCAUCACCAGGGCGCCUGCGUCAGUGCCUCGCGCCUCGAUUGCGCUUCAACCGAGCAGGCCCAACCGACGCGGGCUGCACCUAGCCCCUCCCUUUCUGCUUGACGACUAUAUCCCUAGAUACCACCUGAUUUCUUCGAUCGAUGCUGCGAGGAAAAGAGCCGCAGCAUACGCCCACUUACGACAAUGUAACCUUUGCCCUCGCCUUUGCAACGUGAACCGCUACGAGACAACCGGGCAUUGCCUGAUUGGGGCAGAGACCGUGAAGGUGUCAACCAUCGCUCCCCACUUCGGCGAGGAACCUUGCUUGCAGGGGCAUAACGGUUCUGGCUCCGUGUUCUUCAGUGGAUGCAACUUGCGUUGCGUCUUCUGCCAGAAUCACGAUAUUGCACAUCAAAAGAUUGGGUUUGACCUUACGCCUGAAGAACUGGCUGAAUGGAUGCUGAAGCUACAAGAGGUGGGCCACGUGCACAACAUCAACUUUGUGACCCCGGAGCAUGUCGUUCCACAAGUAGCCCUUGCCAUAUUGACAGCGAGGGACAUGGGACUCAGGAUUCCCAUCGUGUACAACACCAGCUCCUUUGAUAGUCUGGAAAGCCUCAAACUCAUGGACGGCUUGGUCGAUAUAUAUCUACCUGACUUCAAGGUUUGGAACAACGAAACAAGCAAGAGGCUGCUCAAGGCCGACAACUAUGCCGAUGUCGCCAAAGAAAGUAUUCAGGAGAUGCAUCGACAAGUCGGCGACUUAUGCUUUACACCAGAUGGUAUUGCUAAAAAGGGUGUUUUGGUACGCCAUCUGGUGAUGCCGGGUAAAGAGCAAGAGGGUGUGCAGAUCAUGAAGUGGCUGUCUCAGACACUUGGGAGGGAUGUCUUUGUCAAUAUCAUGGAACAAUACCACCCAGAUGCACAUGUCGGUAAGCCCAAAAGAGGUUCUCGAGACAAUACCGACAAGCGAUACGCAGAGAUCAACAGAGCCGUCACUCACGACGAGGUCAAUGUCGUUCAGAAAGCCGCUCGGGAGGCCGGUCUUUGGAGAUUCAUUGAGCCUGCUCGGCACGGUGGGUGGAACAUCUGA